CGGGCCUGAUGCAGUGAGCGCUGCUUGUCGGAGCUGGGCUGGGGGUCUCUGGCUUUGCGUUCAUGGCGGUCGCUAGCAAGGCAGUGAUUGUUCCCGGGAACGGAGGCGGGGAUGUGGCCACUCACGGCUGGUACGGGUGGGUGAGAAAGAGGCUGGAGCAGAUUCCUGGUUUCCAGUGUUUGGCUAAAAACAUGCCGGACCCAAUUACAGCCCGAGAGAGCAUCUGGCUGCCCUUCAUGGAGACAGAGCUGCGCUGUGAUGAGAAGACCAUCAUCAUAGGCCACAGCUCCGGGGCCAUCGCAGCCAUGAGGUAUGCAGAGACACAUCAGGUACAUGCCCUUGUAUUGGUGUCUGCAUACACAUCAGACUUGGGAGAUGAAAACGAGCGUGCAAGUGGAUAUUUCAGCCGCCCCUGGCAGUGGGAGAAGAUCAAGGCCAACUGCCCUCACAUUGUACAGUUUGGCUCCACUGAUGACCCCUUCCUUCCCUGGAAGGAACAAGAAGAAGUGGCAGAUAGGCUGGAUGCCAAAUUGUACAAGUUCACUGACCGUGGUCACUUUCAGAACACAGAGUUUCAUGAACUGAUUAGUGUGGUGAAGUCUAUGCUGAAAGUACCAGAAUAGUUAGGAUGACGCCUGCCCUGUAACAUGCCAGGAUGGGGUAGAAUAGCAUCUAUUAUCACAGUACUAGACAUGUAAUGUCCAGUGAAGCUACAGAACUGCCUAAAAAACAAGCCUGUUUGAACACUUACACUAACUUACUAGCAUUUUAAGUUCCCACAGAACUUGAAUCUUCUUGAAGAACUGUAACUAUAACAGGAUUUUUCCUUGUAUUGAUAAGGGACACAAAGGGAGUUUGUUUAGCCAUCCUGUUGAUCCAGAGAAUAAGUCUGAAGUAGAACCAGACAUGGUGGUGUGUCCCUGUAAUCCCAGCAUUUCAGAAGAGAAAGCAGGGGACCAGGAGAUGAAGGCUAGACUCACCCUGUCUCAGAAAAGAAAGAACAAAUAGACCCAGGUAUCCUGAGUCUCAUUCCAAAUUGUAACUCAGUAGCUUUUGCAAGGUGUUACCCAUUCCUGACACCCUAGUACUUGGGAAGCUGAAGGUGGAUCUUGAAUUUGCCUGCCUAUGCUAAAUGUUUAACAAAACUGUCUCAAGAAAAAAAAAAAGAAGAAAAACUAAACAGGUUUUCAUGCAAAGUAUAUGAGUGACAUCUUUUCCUUUUUGAAAUAAAAUUUUUCUGUUACUGGGGGAAGUAAACAUGAUUAAAGGUCCAGAAUGUUCUUAGAACUCAGAACUCUAGCUGUUGCUUCAAGCUGGCUCAGGGUAGUAAACUCAAACUUGGGUCUUCAUCACUCAAAUCCCUGACCCCACACCAGUCCCCAGGUCCUUCUGACAGGUUGAGGGACCAACAUAUAAGGAUGCUCCAGGGGACAGGAGUCAGGAAGCUCCAGGGGACAGAUAUCUGCAUAGCCUGCCACCUGUAUACCAACUCCAGUAAGACUAGUAGGAUUAGGUCAUGUGGGAGUGCUGUAAUACAGAAAUGUGACAAAUAUUUAUGUCUUUUUUUAAAGCUGGGGAACAUAUACGUGUAUGUGUGUGUGUGUGAAUUAUGCAAGCUGCCCACACUGUAAUUAAAAGGUCUGCAAAAGCUACAAGACCAGCUUGGUCUACAGAGUAAGUUCUAGGACAGCCAGUACUACACAGAGAAACCUUAUCUCAAAGAGAGGCCUAAGGUAACCAAAAUGAACGUAAUGCUAAACGGUGGAAAACAAGGGAGCAAUUUGUACUGUUAAGUUUUAAGUAUCUUCAAAAAGAACUUUUCCACAAUUCAAGUUUAAUUCUGUAAAGAGUUCAACCUCUUAACUUCUAGAGAUCAUUUAAGUAUCAUUCCAAAAUUUUUCUUAUACUCACCAAAAAAGAACCCCCUUUUAAAAAUGUACUUUUAUAUUAGCAUAUAUUUGAUGUAUAAAAUGGUUUCAUUAUGACAUUUUUACUCAUGUUUAUAGUGUACUUUGAUCAUAUGUAAAAAAAAUAAAAAUAAAACUUUUAUUUCCCAGAA